UUGAUACAUAAAACAGUUGAAAAAAUCACAUGCAUCAGACCUUCACUUUACAGUAUCUGCAUUCACAGAUACACACAGCACAGCUGCAUAUAAUCUUUUUUCUUUCACAAGAAAACCACUUUAGUCCCACUUUUCUCUUAUCCCUUCUUUUUAAAUCUUAAAUGAAUAUAAAUUUCAUAAACCAAGAAAAUAACUGAAACCCCCACAAAAUUCAAGAAUGGCGACGAACGACGAGAAGUAUCCCUUAGACUCAAACUGCUACAGAAUCAUCGAAGAAAUCGGCCGAGGAGUCAGCGCUAUAGUGUACAAGGCCGUAUGCAUUACCAUGGACUCUGCCGUAGUAGCAAUCAAAGCCAUCGACCUCGAGCGCUCCGGGGGCAAUUUCGACAAUUUCCGCCUCGAGGCCAAAACAAUGACGCUCCUCUGCCACCCGAACAUCCUCAAAGCUCACUGCUCGUUCACCGUCGGGACCCGCCUCUGGGUGGUGAUGCCGUUCAUCUCUGGCGGCUCUUUGCAGUCAAUCAUCUCCUCUUCCUUCCCUAACGGCCUAUCUGAGCCGUUGAUCGCCACAGUCCUCAAGGAAAUCCUGACCGCUCUAUCCUAUCUCCAUGGUCAAGGUCAUCUGCACAGAGACAUAAAGGCUGGUAAUAUUCUCAUAGACUCGAACGGGGCGGUAAAGUUAGCAGAUUUCGGUGUUUCUGCAUCGAUUUAUGAGUCCAACUGGUCAACCAGGUCAAUGAUGCUGACUGACGUGGCGGGGACUCCGUACUGGAUGGCCCCCGAGGUGGUGCACUCGCACACUGGGUACAGUUUCAAGGCGGAUAUAUGGUCGUUCGGUAUUACUGCACUUGAGUUAGCGCAUGGGCGGCCCCCGCUCUCGCAUCUACCUCCUUCGAAAUCUUUGAUCGUGAAAAUUACGAAGAGGUUUCGGUUUUCCGACCACUAUCAGAAGAGCAAGGAUGAUAAGGGCAAGGAGAGGAAGUUUUCGAAGUCGUUCAAGAAUAUGGUUAGUUUGUGCCUCGAUCAAGAUCCGUCGAAGCGGCCUUCUUCGGAGAAGCUGUUGAGGCACUCGUUUUUCAAGAAUUGUCGAAGCACCGAUUUCUUGGUCAAGAAUUUGCUUCAAGGGUUGCCUUGCGUUGGACAGAGGUUUAGGGGAGGAAAAAUUCAGAGGGUUUUAUCGUUCAACAGAAGUGAUGUUCUUCUCGAUGUUGAUUUUGAUGAAAAAGAUGGGUUUUUUUCGGGGGAGAAUACGAAACAGAGAAGGAUUAGCGGCUGGAACUUCAACGAGGAAGGGUUUAAAAUGGAGCCUGUUUUUCCAUGCGAACCAAAAGAAGGAAGUGAAAGCAUUAUCCAAGAAAACGGCAAUGAGGGCUUAGUAGCCGUUAGAUCGGAUUCGAGUCCCGAAGAAACGGAGGGCUCUGAUGAAAAGGGUCGAAACACCGAUGAUGGUUACUACGGAAACGAGGCAGAGAGUGGCAGCGGUGUAAAUAUGGGAGUUGUGGUGGAGAGUUUAAUGUUUUUGGAGAAGAGUUUGGAAUAUCAAAAGGAACAGGUGGGAGAAAUGAUUGCAUGGAUCCGUGGGGAAGAAACUGUAGAGAAGAACAGGGAAGAUGAGUUGAUGGAGGUGAUUACAAAACUGAGGAUGGAGAUUGAAAGAGAGAAGAAGAAGAGGUGUGAUUUGGAGAUGGAAUUACAGUCUCUCAAGUUACAGAUUUGCAGUGAGUAGUAAUACUUUUUUCUUUUCAAUUUGUGUCAAGUUAUAUAAAUAUAAACAAUGAUUUUAAUUUCAUAAAAAUAUUAAAAUGAAAUGUGAAUUGAAAUUCUAAACUAUGUUGUAUAUUGGGCCUCA